AUGAAGACAGGAACGCCUGCCCGUGUGGAUGGCCGCUCCUUGGACUGGGCUGCGAUGGAAGAGCAGCCAGGAGAUGAAAAUCCGGACAAGGACAAACACCAGCUUUUCGUAGAACCAGAGGGAUGGAAUACUUGCGAGAUUUAUGUGAAUGGCUUUUCCUCUUCCCUUCCGGAAGAUAUACAAUACAAGGCGAUGCGGAUGAUUCGGGGCUUCGAGAAUGCCAAGAUGUUCCGUCCCGGGGUAUGCAAUAAAUAUGACUUUUUCCAGCCUACACAAUUGAAAAUGACCUUAGAAACCCGCUUGAUUAGAAAUCUGUAUUUCGCUGGACAAAUCAACGGAACUACGGGCUAUGAGGAAGCCGGAGCCCAAGGAAUGAUGGCAGGUAUCAAUGCACAUUUAAAAAUAAACGAGCGGGAUCCAUUCAUACUAAAACGCUCUGAUGCUUAUAUCGGCGUGCUGAUUGACGACCUUGUGAACAAAGGCACCAAAGAGCCAUACCGUAUGUUUACUUCACGGGCGGAAUACAGGAUUCUGCUUCGGCAGGAUAAUACGGACUUACGUCUGACUCCUCUCGCAACCGCCUUUGGGGAUGCAGGGCAUGGACAAACGUAUGGCCCGUUUGUGAACGAAAAGAACGAGGCAAUCGAAGAAAUCGAGGAUUCAUCCUGA